UGGGAGUCCAGAUUGGGUUUGAGUGGGAAAGGGCAGCUGACCACAGCCCUCGGCUUUGGGGCAGGCAGGGCCGGAGACCCGGUUCUGCGCAGCCCAGACCCCCCACGCCCACUCUGCAUAUUCUCUGGAUUCCCAGGGGCCAUCAGGGCGCUGUCCUGCCCCACUUCGCCUUCCCCAAAUUGAAGCAGGAAACCCUGCAUAUUUCUUGGUGAACGAGUGACUCAGGCGUCAUCAGUAGAUGUGGGCUCCCGGGUACCCCCUGUACCAGUUGGGUGGCCCACAACUUCGGGUGUUCCGAACCAACUUCUUCAUUCAGCUGGUGCGGCCCGGUGUGGCCCAACCCGAGGACACCGUGCAGUUCCGGAUCCCCAUGGAAAUGACAAGGGUAGACCUCAGGAAUUACCUCGAGAGCAUCUAUAACGUGCCCGUGGCUGCCGUACGGACACGGGUGCAGUAUGGCUCUAACAAGAGAAGAGAUCACAGAAACGUGAGGAUCAAGAAGCCGGACUACAAGGUCGCCUACGUGCAGCUGGCCCACGGACAGACCUUCACGUUCCCAGAUCUGUUUCCCGAGAAAGACCAGAGCCCCGAAGGCAGCACUGCCGACGCACUCCAGGACAUGCUCGAGGAGGAGAGGCGGCAGAGGCAGAGCAGUGACCCUCGGCGGGGCGGCAUCCCCAGCUGGUUCGGGCUGUGACGGGGCAGCCAUCAGGGAUGUGCCCCAGGUGGGCACUGUGGCAGAGCAGCCCUGACACCUAAAUAAAAGUACUGCUGCAGAAGAAAGAG